AGAGGACAGUUGUAGUAAGCGAAGUAUGGCUUCGUCGUCGGGCAGCGGCUUGACAUUCAAGCUGCACCCGUUGGUGAUCGUGAACAUAUCAGACCACUAUACGCGAGUGAAGUCCCAGGCACAGCCUCCUCACAGUAGCAGCAAUGGAGGCUGGUCGCCGCCUCCUCAACCGCCAAGGGUAUUUGGCUGUGUGAUCGGAAUCCAGCGAGGUAGAACGGUCGAGAUACUCAACAGCUUCGAGCUCCUUUACGACCCUUCCACCGAGUCCCUCGACCGAUCCUUUCUCGAGAAGAAGCAAGAGCUCUAUAAGAAGGUAUUUCCAAAUUUCUAUAUUCUUGGUUGGUAUUCCACGGGAAGUGAUGUACAGGAGUCGGACAUGCAUAUCCACAAAGCUUUGAUGGAUAUUAAUGAGAGCCCAGUUUAUGUUAUUCUCAAUCCUGCUAUCAAUCAUUCACAAAAGGACCUCCCUGUGACCAUCUAUGAAAGUGAGUUGCAUGUAAUAGAUGGGAUUCCUCAGCUGAUUUUUGUUCGUUCAAGCUACACUAUUGAGACUGUAGAGGCAGAAAGAAUCUCAGUUGAUCAUGUUGCACAUCUUAAACCAUCUGAUGGAGGAUCAGCUGCAACUCAGUUGGCUGCGCAUCUCACUGGCAUUCAUAGUUCCAUCAAGAUGUUGAAUAGUAGAAUCAGGGUUCUUCAUAAUUAUCUUCUCACCAUGCAAAGAGGUGAUAUUCCUUUGGAGGACUCAUUAUUGAGGCAGGUUUCUAGCCUUCUGAGAAGAUUACCAGCAAUUGAAUCUGGGAAAUUUCGAGAUGAUUUUCAGAUGGAAUACAAUGACACUCUACUUAUUACAUACCUGGCCAUGUUGACCAAUUGUUCGAGCACCAUGAAUGAGCUGGUCGACAAAUUUAACACUGCAUAUGACAGGCAUAGUCGGAGGGGGGGCCGGAUGGCUUUUAUUUGAUGGUUAUUCACUUGCUGUGUUAAGGUGAACCAAAGAAAGUAAAGCAAGGAAUUCUGCAGAUGGAGCUAGAUGUUAUUUUGUCAGCUAUACUUCGCGUCGGAGCAGGGUUGGAGGAACUUGUGAUAUUCAAUCAGGUUCCUUGAYGUUGAUUAUGGCGAUUGCAUUCUUGGGAAUGCUUACGUUUUUGGAUGACAGUAAGUUUAUUAUUUCUAGGUUUAACAAUAUUGCAUUUACUUGUAUUAAUAGAAGGUUUAAUUGAGCUGCUCUUGAGUAUCUGAGCAGGCAUAAUGUUUUUUUGAUGAGCGUACGUUGUGAUGGCAUAGUCCAGUAGUUCACCAUCCAGGAUGGUGAAUGAUCCUUGUCCUGACGUCUCCUUCUGUUAAUAUACAAGUUAUUUUAUUCUAAAAAAGAACCGUGUGAAGUUCUGACCAGUUGGGAACUUUCAACA